UGUUUGCAGACUGUGGAUGAACUGUGCACGGAGAGUACUGAGGGUCCAGCAGAAGUUGACGUGGGUGUCUGCCUCUGGACCGUCCAACUAUGACGGCCAUGCUCUCUACCACAGCCUGGCUGAAGAAGUGGAGAAUGUAUACCUGCUGCCCAAAACAGUCUUGGUUAUGGUGGACAGCGAGACCUUCAGUGGACAAGACUCUUCCUACAAGCAGAAAAAGGCACGCAAGACCCACCACAGUCCAGACUCAGUGGAGGAACUGAACAGGCUGUUCCCCAAUGGAUGUGACAUCAUGGCCAUCACCACGCCUGGUGUUGUUUUAACUCCCAGUGGCUCCCACUCGGGUCCACCGAAGGAAUUCCAAGAAGGAGAAGCUGGCUAUGCUAUCAUGUUCCCUAGGAUGGAGGGAGUGGACAUCCGCCCCUUUCACUUCUGCAAACGCACCAUCUCAGAGUCACACCUGGAGGAAGCAGGGCUGGUGAAUAACCCUGAUCUGCGUGUGGUGCUGCUGUUUGGCUAUGAAGCCUACAAACCCGGAGCAGCCCGCUUCCUUAACCAGGUCCUGGAGCCUUUGGCACGCAGCAAGGCUCUCAUCGCUGGGGGCCAUGUGGAGAAUGUCUUCUCCCCUGAAAGAGAGUGCUGUGGCCGGGGGUCGUACGGCGUGGUGGGUCUGGCUCUGAGCGGUCCAAGGAUCCAGGGGGCCAGUGUUCUCCUGGAGCAGGACGUGAGCAGCCCCAAGGCAGCCGAGGCCACCAUACGGAGACUGAAAGCCGCCAACCUCCCAGAGAGGAACACCCUGGGCUUCAUGUUUGCCUGCGUGGGCCGCGGACACAACUAUUACAACAACCAACGUAACGUGGAGGCAGACACCUUCCGCAAGGUGUUCCCCAACAUCCCACUGUUUGGCUUCUUUGGUAACGGGGAGAUUGGGUGUGAUCGUAUUGUGAAGGAGGACUAUACUCUGUGUGACACGGAUACGGACAGUCUGCAGCAUGGAUACACCACUGUUAUGACCCUAGUUCACCUUGGCUGAGGGGUGGAUGGUCAUAUUUACAUUCAAACUACAGUUUGUUUUGUUCACUUCAGGUUCCUAUUGAUUAGGUACGAAACGGAAGAAAACCAGAAGAAGCAGAGGGGUACUAUCAUAACUGGUCCAAUAAGAAACACCCGUUUUAUGUUGCAAAAUGUUUUGAAAUGGCGUGCCCUAAUGAAUACAGCCCUGGUGUCUAGUUCAGAAGACUGUCUGUGCACGUAACAAUCAGGAUCAACAACAUUUUGGUUGUAGAAUCUUAUCUCUCAGCCAUGGUGGUAUGUGAUGCUGUUUGAAGUGGCUUACAACAUGUACAUGUCUUUCUUUUUGUUGUGUUCAACUUUUCCCAAUGUAAAGUUUUAACUUUGUACAUUUUGGAAGGGAAAUGCAAUGUUUUAUCUGCUGAAAUAGAGGUAAAUAGUUACUUGAUCCUGCAUUGAUCAUUUGAAACUUGAAUAGGAAAUAUUGCUGAUAUGUUAGUGAGUUUAACAAGGUGCUGAUGGGAAUCAGAGAAGAAAAUACUGUCCCUUCAUCUCAGUCUUCUGUUACAAAAUCAUACAGUGGACUUCCCCAUUUAAAACACAUAUAUAUUAUCCUGAAUUACUCACCAAAUGUUACGCUCAUAUUCAAAACAAAGAACUGAAACUAACUAACUAAUCUUGACCAGAUGGUUUCUUACACCUUAUAGUGAAGAGUUACUGACACUUGUUGUCCAAUUAACAAAUCUAAUUGUUAUUAAUUAUUAUAAAUAAUUAUUGAGAUUACCGAUCAGGCACAUUUUAGUUAAGAAGAUAAGGAAAGUAACAUGUUUUGAACCUUCUGAGAAAAACUCCGUUUGUCUUGAUUUCAAUGUUUUCUCCUGUAUGUGCUUUGACACAUGCCCCUCUUUUAGUGUUAUAUGGAGAAACUCUUUUUGAAUUGCAAUUAAAUCGAGGCCUGUUCCUUCUACCUUUAUAAGACUAUUUCACACACUGGGCAAUUCCACGAUAACAGAGUGAGGCCGAGACUCC